AUGUUGGAUAAUUUGGAGGGUCUUCGAAUCUUAUUCGAAGAUGGUUCCCGCCUUGUGUUCCGUCUUUCUGGAACAGGAUCAGCAGGAGCAACUAUUCGUCUCUACGUAGAUUCUUACAUACCGGCGAGUGAUACGAACAGGCUGUUUGCUCCUGCUCAGGUAUGA